CAGACGGGCGGGGCGCAGGCGCAGGCGCAGGCGGAGAAGCUGUCGGCGGCGCGCGCUGCAGUCUGUGGUGGCGCGAGCGCGCAGCGGCGGCGGCGGAUCCGGCAGGAGCUGUGCCCCCUGCUGCGCUCGGAGCCUCGUUCCCAGCGCCGCGCGACCCCCGCUCCUCCCUCCUCCUCUUCCUCUUUCCUCUUCUCUUCUUCCUCCUCCGGUGCCCAGAGCGCCCGUGCCCCGCCAUGGCUGACCAGCUGACCGAGGAGCAGAUUGCAGAGUUCAAGGAGGCCUUUUCCCUGUUUGAUAAGGAUGGAGAUGGGACCAUCACCACCAAGGAGUUGGGUACAGUGAUGCGAUCCCUGGGUCAGAACCCAACGGAGGCUGAGCUCCAAGAUAUGAUCAAUGAGGUGGAUGCAGAUGGAAAUGGGACCAUUGACUUCCCUGAAUUCCUGACCAUGAUGGCAAGGAAAAUGAAGGACACAGACAGCGAGGAAGAGAUCCGAGAGGCGUUCCGCGUUUUUGACAAGGAUGGGAACGGCUAUAUCAGUGCUGCGGAGCUUCGUCACGUGAUGACCAACCUCGGGGAGAAGCUGACCGACGAGGAGGUGGACGAGAUGAUCCGAGAGGCAGACAUAGAUGGCGAUGGCCAAGUUAACUAUGAAGAGUUUGUACAGAUGAUGACCGCGAAGUGAAGGCCCCGGGCAGCUGGUGAUGCCCAUUCUCCUUUGAUCUCUCUCUCCUCUCUCGCGCUCUCUCUCUCCGACACUCUUACUCGCAUAACCUGGUUCUAAGCCAACCCUGACUGACGACUGAGAAUCCGACAUAAAGCAACACGAGAUUUGUCCCAA